AUGUUCGACUUAGCACCCCGUCCCGAUGAACCCAUCGUUAUCGCAACGACCCAUAAAUCAUAUCGAUUAGGGAAAGACAGAGGAUUACCACCCCAUCUUAUCGGAGAGCAGAGCAACUACCUCGUCGAAUUAACAGAUGAAAAUGAUCCCGCCAGUGCAAAGUCAUGGACUUUCGGGAGGAAGAUGAGAACUGCUGCAGUUCUAGGAUUCGAUACUCUUAUUGCAUCAUGGGGUUCAUCUGUCUACUCUGCAGCUGUAGAACCAGUUGCCUAUGAAUUUGGUGUCAGUAGGAUCGUGGCUGUUCUCGGUUUAACGUUAUAUAUUUGUGGUUUUGCAACCGGUCCAUUAUUUUUUGGUCCAAUCUCCGAACUUUAUGGCAGAAAGAAGCCUAUCACUGUAGCGUGCUUUGUUUUCACCUGUUUCAUGUUUGCUGCGGCAACAGCAAAGGAUUUUCAAACCUUGAUGUUAUGUCGAUUCUUCGCCGGUGUUUUCGCUUCGUGUCCUUUGACCGUCGUCGGUGGUGCUUUCGCCGAUAUGUUUGGAAAUGAAACUCGAGGUGUUGCCAUUGCCGCUUUCUCGGCGUUAGUGUUCAUCGGCCCUUUCAUCUCGCCUAUUGUUGGAGCAUUCAUCACAGUGUCACAUCUUGGUUGGAGGUGGACCGAAUACAUCACAGGUAUCAUGGGAGCUUUCGCCUUGAUUCUCGACAUCCUCUUCCUGGAGGAAACAUAUGUCAAGACACUUCUUCAAAGUCGAGCUGCAAAGAUUCGAAAAGAGACUGGUAAUUUCGCCAUUCACCAUGUCAGCGAAGAGGAACUUCUCAGCUUCGAUGAUCUAAUCAAGAAACACUUGUUACUUCCAUUCAAGCUCCUUUUUGGAGAACCAAUCGUUUUCCUCAUCACUAUUUAUACCGCCUUCAUCUAUGGUAUCUUAUAUCUUUUCUUGGAAGCCUACCCAAUCGUAUUCGCCGAAUAUCGUGGGAUUGACCCAGCCGUUGCAACACUUCCAUAUUUGGGAAUGAUUGUCGGUGUCCUUCUCGGUUGCAGUAUCGUCAUUGCCUUCGAGCCAAGAUAUAAUCGCAAACUCAGGGAAAACAACGGUAUACCGGUUCCAGAAGAGAGACUUGUCCCGAUGAUGGUUGGUGCUUGUCUUUUCCCUUGUGGUCUGUUCUGGUUCGCAUGGACAGGAAACUAUCCAUCUAUCAGUUGGGCCGCCCCAACCGUCAGUGGCAUAUUAACUGGCGCUGGUAUCAUGACCAUCUUCCUUCAGGCUUUGAACUACCUUGUCGAUUCAUAUUUGUUCGUGGCAGCCAGUGCCAUCGCAGCCAAUACCUUUUUGAGAUCGUUCUUCGGUGCCGGUUUUCCUCUGUUUGCCACAGCAAUGUUCCAUAAUCUUGGUGUGCAAUGGGCUGGAAGUUUGUUGGGCUUCUUGUCUAUCGCAUUUUUACCAAUUCCUUUCUUGUUCUACAAGUAUGGAGAGAGAUUGAGAAAAAUGUCCCGUCAUGCCCCAACAGAUUUUGGUGUACCCAAGAGUCAGGCAAAGGACGAAGAGACUGGUACUGCAGCUACAACUGCAGCGCCUUCAAUCGAGGAAGAGAAACAGGAGGCGUAA